AUGGCCAUGGAUCAGGUAAAUCCUGCCGAAGACUUUGAGAAAUGGAUCCGUAUGGCUACGGAUAAUAAAAUCAAUGCACAGAACUCAUGGGACCUUGCGUUGAUCGAUUACUUCCAUGAUCUGUCUGUCUUGAGAGAUGGUGAGAGUAUCAACUUUCAAAGAGCAUCAGCAACACUAGACGGAUGUGUCAAAAUCUACUCUUCAAGGGUCGACUCAGCAGCCACUGAAACUGGACGUUUGAUCAGUGGGCUGGCCACGAGGAAAAGGGAUCAGCAGGAGGUAAAUUUUGAUGACAACUCUGAGGAUGAAGCGUUGACCAGUGCACACAGGCAGAAAGUCCACAAGUCUCAUAACUCGAAGAACACUCUCUUGGAGUUCGAUCAGAUCAAAAUCAAGAAGAUGGAUCUGGAGUUGUACGGAGAUCCGCUUUUUAAAAGAGCCCUCGCUGAUUUUGACGAAGGUGGUUCUAAAAGUCUGUUGCUUAAUAUGCUAAAUGUUGAUAGCAGAGGGAAGAUCGUCUUUGAUACUACUGAUUCUGUCAAGCUUACAAAUGACUACGACACUGCUGAUAAGCCGGACGAAUUGGAACCAACAGAUGGUAAGAUAAUUGACGACAUUAAGGCCCUAGGUGAAAAACAUUUAGCUGGUAUAUUCGCAGCAUCUGUGACGAUUUGUCCAUCAGUUGGUCAGAUACGCUGUGUUGUUGAUCAGAAGAGUAGCUCUGGAGAUUUACUAAAAGGGUUGGAGGAUAUUGAGCUUCCAGAAGCCCCAGAUUACAAUGUUGACCAUCACCACACAACUUACCAAGACUUUGAGAUAUCAUACGGUCAAACAGCAGAGCUCGAGCCGGAACAGAAUAACGUCACUGGUGUGGAUAAGUUUCCAGAAAACAGAACAUCGAUCUUUUUUGAUGAGGGGGAUAAUGACUUUGAUGACUAUGGAAUGAGUAUGCAAAUGUUGUUUGAUGAGAGUAAAUCCUAUGCAAGAGAAGAAGAUAUAAUGGAAUUGGAGGAUCCUAUAAUCAACAUACCCGAUGACGAGCUAUUGGCAUAUUUUGAUGAUAAUCAUAGACGAAACUGGACUGGGCCGGAACACUGGAAAGUCAAGAAGAUCAAGCAAGGCCUUCUCCGAACAGAAAGUACUACGCAACAUGUGCCUCCAACAGAUACAGUAAGGGCUAAACUCCAUACAUUUACUAUUGAUUUUUUAUCUGAUCAUACACCAGAUCAAGAGAAGAUGUUUGAAACGGCACAGGGGUCUUCGAUUUGCAUUCCAAAAGCCCGCUGGAGAAGUAAAGACAACAAUGUACUUCCGGAUGAUCGUAACUUCAAGACAAAAGAUUUCAUUACAUUGUUUACAAAAGGCACCUUGCUCAAUAUGAAAUUCAAUCACGUACGAAACAUUGAUAAUGCCAUUGACGAAUCUUUGUACGCUGAGUGUACCCAGACGAAGAGCAGACCUACUGAGAUCAACAACCCAGAUUUUUAUAACGAUAAUGAUGCCGGUUUUGAUGAUGACUAUUUACAGGAUGAUGGACUGUCUGCGGUACCUCAAAUACUGGCUAGGAAUCAGACCUCACAGCCACUGAAGUACUCAAGAGUUUCCAAAAAGGUUGAUGUCAAACUUUUAAAGGACAAUAUGUGGAGCACCUUGAAGUCCGAGAUCUUAUCAAGUGCACCUAUGCCCGCUGAAACUGCCACUAUAUCUAAGACUCAAGAACUCAAGUUCAGUCAGGUUGUGUCAGAUCUUGGUGACAAGUAUGAUUCAAACACGAAGAGGGACCUGUCAACGAGUUUCUGCUUCAUCUGUCUGUUGCAUCUGGCGAAUGAAAAUGCAUUUACAAUUACAGACAAUGAAGACAACUCAGAUCUGAUCAUCAGAGACUUUCCUACGCCUUCUACAUGA